GCUCCGGUCCAUGGGCUCUCAUUCUCUUCUCCAAUGCGUCGCUUCGCCUAUCCCCUCCUCUUUCUCUCUGUUUUCCACCAGCUCCUCCUCAACGCGCGUCUCGCCGCGGCGGGGGCGGUGGCGGUGGAGUACCUGUACCCCAACUUCACGGCGUCGAGCCUCCUCUUCAUCGACACGGGCGGCGUCUUCCUCGCGUCCCGGAACGGCGUUUUCCAAGCAGCGGUCUACAACCCGGGGGCGCAGCAGUCGCGGUUCUACUUCUCCGUGCUCCACGCCGCGUCCGGCGCCGCGGUGUGGGCCGCGAACCGCGCCGCGCCCAUCCCGGACCGCUCGGGGCUCGUCGCCCUCACCCCGCUCGGCCUCGCCGUGACCAGCCCCAGCGGUUCCCUCCUCUGGUCCACGCCGCCCCUCGCCGCCCCCGCCGCCGCGCUCCGCCUUCUCGACUCCGGCGACCUCGCCCUCCUCGACGCGCGCAACGCCUCGCUCUGGCGCUCCUUCGACCACCCCGCCGACGCCCUCGUCUCCGACCAGCCCCUCCGCGCCGGCGCCAACCUCACCGCCUCCGCCUCUGACACCGACUUCGCCGAGGGCGACUACCGCCUCGCCGUGACCCCCGCGGACGCCGCGCUCGCCUGGGGCGGCGGCGGCGGCAGCGGCUGGGCCCAGUUCUGGAGCCUCGCCGGCGACGUGCGCUCCGCCAAGGACCGCAACGCCCCCGUCGCCUACAUGGCCGCCAACGCCUCGGGCCUCUACCUCUACGCCGCGGACGCGCGCGUCGUGUUCGAGCUCCCGCUCCCCCCCGCCCCGCUCCGGAUCCUCAGGCUCGGCCGCGACGGCGCCCUCCGCAUCUCCAGCUACGCCGCGCUCAACGCGUCCGCCGCGCUCGGCGGCGACUUCGUCGCGCCGAGCGGCCCCUGCGACCUCCCGCUGGCCUGCGGCCCCCUUGGGCUCUGCUCCGGGAGCAGCAACGCCUCCACGUGCGCGUGCCCACCGCUCUUCGUUGCGUCCCACAGCGGCGGCUGCGAACUCGCCGCCAAUGGCCCCCGCCUCCUCUCCUCCUCCAAUUGCACUACCGAUGAUUCCAACCUCUCCUAUCUCGGCCUCAGAGCCGGAAUCGAAUACUUCGCGAAUAAGUACGCGGCGCCGACGACGUCGGGCGGGGACGGUCCGGCUUGCCGCAGCCGCUGCUCGGGGAAUUGUACUUGUUUAGGCUACUUCUAUGAUAACUCGUCGAUGUCCUGCUACUUGUUAGAGUCGCGGCAACUGGGUUCUCUGUUUGUCAGCAGCUCCAGCGAUGGAUCGAACCCCGCGGGCUACAUCAAGACGGUGCAGGGAUCGCCAUCAAAUGCCAAUGGUAGGAAUUCUUCACCACCGUCGUCGACCCAUUUUGUGGCAAUUUUGCUUCCGUCCAUCGCCUCGCUCCUCCUCGUCGCCAUGAUCGCCUGGAUGGGAAUUCACUGGUGGCGCAGUCAGCAGAAGAAGCAGAUGAGGAGAUCCAAACCGCAGGCGGCAGCAAAGGAGUUCCAGCUCCGUUGGCAGAAGUCGCCGGCGAAGAAUUCGGACUACUUGGACUCCAAUAUCGACGACGAUGAGUCCGACGAUGUGUUCAUACCGGGCCUGCCGACGAGGUUUACAUUCGCGGAGCUGGAGGCGGUGACCAACAACUUCCAGACGAAGAUCGGAUCGGGCGGAUUCGGGGCGGUGUACAAGGGGGAGCUGCCGGACAAGACGCUGGUGGCGGUGAAGAGGAUCGACGCCGUGGGGCUACAGAGGAAGAGAGAAUUCUGCACCGAGAUGGCGGUCAUCGGCAACAUCCGCCACGUGAACCUGGUCCGCCUCCGCGGCUUCUGUGCGCAGGGCGCGCGGCGCCUCCUCGUCUACGAGUACAUGAACCGGGGCUCACUCGACCGAUCGCUCUUCGGCUCCGCCGGCCCCGCGCUCGAGUGGGGAGAGCGGAUGGAGGUCGCCAUCGGCGCGGCACGAGGGCUCGCGUAUCUGCACUCCGGCUGCGACCACAAGAUCGUGCACUGCGACGUCAAGCCGGAGAACAUAUUGCUGGCCGACGCCGGCCAGGUGAAGAUCGCCGACUUCGGCCUCGCGAAACUGAUGGGCCCGGACCAGUCGGGGCUCUUCACGACGAUGCGGGGGACGCGCGGGUACCUGGCGCCGGAGUGGCUCACCAAUGCGGCGAUAUCGGAUCGCACCGACGUCUACAGCUUCGGGAUGGUGCUGCUGGAGCUGGUCAGGGGGAGGAAGAACCGCACCGACUGCGUGACCGACGGCGAUUCGAAUGAUUCAUCGAGUGGCUCAUGGAGCGGCAGCGGCGGCGGCGGGGAAUAUUUUCCGAUGCUGGCGCUGGAGCGCCACGCCGAAAGGCGGUACAGAGAGUUGGCCGAUCCGAGACUGGAGGGGAGGGUGAGGGAGGAGGAGGUGGAGAGGGUGGUGAAAGUGGCGCUCUGCUGCCUACACGAGGAGCCCGCGCUGCGGCCGAGCAUGUCGGCGGUGGCGGGGAUGCUGGACGGGACGAUGGGCGCGGCUGAGCCUCGGGUGGCGUCGCUCAACUUUCUGCGGCUCUACGGGAGGGGAUUCGCCGGCAGUGCCUCCGCGAUCAGAGCGGCGAACGAUUUGUUCGGCGGCCGCGGCGGUGCCGGUAAUCCUACUGGAUCGAUGACGAGCACUGCGACGACGACGAGCGAGUCGCCAUCGCACAUGUCGUCGCAGCAGGUGUCUGGGCCCAGAUAACGGUGGCGGCUGGGGGAGUCCGCAACUUCUCGGGUCAACUACUAGUGAAAAACGUUUCAAUAUUUCGAGAAUUCCAUCUUCAGUUUUUUCAUUUCGUGUAAUUUUAUUUUAUGUAGUUAAACCUAUACAGGAACUGUUUGAUAGCAAUGCUGUUAUAGAUGUAGUACGUAGUUGGAGAAAGUUUGAAACAAUUGUAUUUGGAAAUAAAGCUUCGUAUCAGAUAGGCUUACCGCACUGGUAACCACUCAGGUCACAAUUUGAACUUGUAGGAGUGUUUGUCUGUUUUCACUCGUGAAUGAGAUCAAUAAAAAAAUAUUAGCAAG